AUGGCGCCGCGGCCGGCGCCGCCGGCGGCGCUGAUGGACGAGCUCGUGGAGGAGAUCCUCCUCCGCAUUCCACCGGACGUCCCCGCGCGCCGCCUCCGCGCCGCGCUCGUCUGCAAGCGCUGGCGCCGCAUGGUCUCCGACCCCAGAUUCCGCCGCCGGUUCCGUGAGUUCCACCGCACGCCCCCGAUGCUCGGCUUCCUCCGCAAUCACGGGCGAGCGUCGACCUUCAGCCAGGGCCCUUCGGAUCGGAAGCCCUGGGAGGAUGCCUUCCAUGUCUGGGACCCGAUCACGGGCGAACGGAGGAAACUGCCCGUGCUUCUGCCGGGGCCCGUCUACCCUUGGUCCUGGAAUGCCGCCGUGCUCUGCGCCGCAGCCACCGAAGGCUGUGAACACCUCGAUUGCCACCGCAGACCCUUCCUGGUCGUCUUUGUGGGCAGCGGCAACGGCGUGGAAACGUCCGCGGUGUGUGCCCAUGUCUACUCAUCGGAGUCUGAUUUGUGGAGCCGGCAUAUCUCUGAUCCUCACUUCUGUGAUGAGAUCCGAUUGGAGCCAAGUGCCCUUGCAGAGAAUGCGCUCUACUUUCGGUGUAUGGAUAGUGUCCUCAAGUAUGAUUUGGCCACACGGGAACUAUCUUUGAUUGUCCUGCCAGAAAAAUGCUUCUUUUGGGGACGCGCUCCACUCAUGGCUACCGAGGACGGUGGACUUGGACUUGCCUACAUACGUUCAAGUAGAUUGUACCUGUGGUCGAGGAAGGCUGGCCCUAGCGAUGGUGCAGGAUGGGCAAGCAAACAUUGGGAGCAGCCUCUGCCGAGGGAUCAAGAACAGGCACCUCAAAUGCCUGAUAAACAUAAGGUUCUCCAUUUUGCAGGCUUGUCGGUCAAGGUUAAAAGGGAUGAUCGUUGUGGUUAA